AUGGCCGACUGCUGCUUGAAAGGUUUUCGAUGGAAUGCGAACCCUAAGGGUCGGGAGGACAUGCUCGCUGGGACCAGUUGUUACAUUACUGGACCUGAAUCGCCGACUGCUGUUCUAAUUCUUCAUGAUCUCUACGGUUGGACUUUCCAGAACACUCGAUUGUUGGCGGACCAUUAUGCAGAGGAGGUUGGCGCCACUGUCUACGUUCCUGACCUAUUCGGUGGUGAGGUCCACUCACUUGAGAUCUUAAUGGACACAAGUCAAUGGCACAAGUUGGACUUACCCUCGUUCAUGCAACGUAAUUCAAAGAGUAUUCGGGAGCCUCAAAUAAUGGCGUGCGCCCGAACUCUCCGUUCCCAGCACAAAAAGACCGGUGUUAUUGGGUUCUGCUACGGUGGCUGGGGUGCUUUCCGUCUGGGAGGAAAAGGAAAUAACCUUGUGGACUGUAUCUCCGUGGCUCACCCUACGCUCUUAGAGACGUCUGAAAUCGAUGCCGUUGCCGUGCCAGUUCAGAUUCUUGCUCCGGAUAUCGAUCCGCAAUUUACUGAGGAAUUAAAGUCCUACAGUAACCAACGGAUCCCGUCCCUGAAGUUGGCAUACAACUAUCAAUUCUUCCCAGGUCUUGAACAUGGUUUCGCAACAAGGGGUAAUCCGGUGAAUCCUGACGAACAAAAGGGGAUGGAGAGGUCGAAGAACGCUGCAGUGUUUUGGUUUCGCCAGUGGUUGCAGGUGGCAUAG